AUGUUGCUACCCAAACCAUCUAAAUUACUUGCAGAGGUUGACUAUAAGGUACCCACACAUUUGAUUCAACUGGAACAAGCAAUGUUUGAAAAAGUCAGCAAAAUAUGGCUUUCAUAUAGACAUCAUGUUUCAACUAAAACAAUGAAAAAUCGUAAAAUUUGGUACCUUUCAUGCUAUGGGUUGGCUGCAAUGCCUAAUGGUAAGGCUAUACGAUGUGCUGAUUGUGCAUUCAACAUUGAACUAUCUCCAGAGGUAACAGAUGAUUUUUGUGUCAAAAUGCACAUGAAACAAACUUUUUCCUGUCCAUUCAUGCAAAAUCAUAAACCUGAGAAUCGUGUUAUAAUGAUAAAGAUUCAAGCUUAUUUUGCAAGUGUUCAGAAAGUGAAUGAAUUGCUGUAUCCAAUAUCAGUUUACAGGAAAGACCAGAAUGAUCCCAAUAGUCAAUUCAAAUUGCAAGCUCAAUUUGUUGAGUCUGAUCUGAGGGUCAAAAAACAACAACCAAACUAUCCGGAUUUUGAAGAUGUUGAACAUCGUAUAUACACUUUUUUCUAUAGCCAGUCAUUUUCAGCGCCAUCAUCUUCAGAACUGAUGGUUACUGUUGCUCAAGCUGGGUUCGUCUGUGCUGAUAAAGAGAAUUCUAUGUUUUGUUUUCAUUGUGGAUACCGAGUGGAUCUGACUGCUUUCUACGAAAAUUAUGGAAAAUUCAAAUUGGACGAAGAUUCACUGAAAAUCGAUCAUUAUAACAAUUCUGUAAAUUGUCUGUUUAUAAUUAAUACAUUGAAUGGAGAGACUGAAGUUGACGAUCAUUUAGCUAGUACUUCUUGUAAGUAUCGAGCACCCUUACAAUUUGACACUGAACGGCAAGCAAGCGAUGAACUUGUCAACAACUCGUCAGCCAAAAGAAGUAUGGUUCUCGGUCAUGAUAAAACGGGGCAAAAUAUGACAAAUAGGCAAAACUUUAAUUGUAAAAAGUGUUACUGUAAUGACAUUAAUAUUUUGUAUUUCCCUUGUUAUCAUGCUGCCCUUUGCCACGAUUGUUCACUCGAAAUGAAUGAAUGCUUCAUUUGUUCACAACCGGUAGAAGAGAUGCGAAAAAUAUCUUUACUUUGA